CGUGACGUCACCGGCCUUGAUUGCGGAAGUAAUGUGUUGGCUCUCCGCGGGGAUGAAGGCUGCAUGUUGCGGUGUGUGUGUGUCAACUGCUCCGAUGCGUUUCACGACAUCUGAGCUUCGCUUCUUUUCGCCUCCUUUGCUCAGUAGUUGACUCGUCCUUCUACCCACCGACCUGUCCCCGCCAGCGGACCGGCCCACCAAGGACUUUUUCCUCCCUUGAAAGAUGGGUGUGUGGCAGUCUGUACCUGGUCCGCCAGAAUACAGACAACUGGCGGAAAAGACGGGCUUCAGCUAUGAGCAGAUAGGAGUUCUGCAUAAAAGAUUCAAGCAGUUGAGCCACGACGAAGACACCCUGAGGAGGGAGCACUUCAUGGCCAUCCCAGACCUGGGGUGGAAUCCCAUCCGUCCGCAGAUCAUAGACGCGUUCUUCGACAGGAGAAACUUUGUGCCAGCUGGAGAGGGCACGGUGGACGAGAUCCGCCUGGAGGAGUUUGUGGUCAUCAUGUCCCAUUUCAAGCCGCCUUCGCUGAGCAUGACGGACGAGGAGCGGGACAGCAUCAGGAAGGAGAAACUGAGAUUUUUAUUCAACAUGCACGACAACGACAACGACGGGAUAAUAACGCUGGAGGAAUACAGACAUGUGGUAGAGGAGCUUCUGUCUCGCAGCGGGUCCCUCGGCAAGGAAGCGGCCGAAAGCAUCGCGGAGGCCGCCAUGUUGGAAGUGGCCGCUAUAUCGAUGGGUCACAUGGAACCUGAGGAGUUCUACGAGGGCAUCACAUUUGAGCACUUCCUCAAGCUGCUGAAAGACUUUGAGAUUGAGGCGAAGAUGAACGUCCGCUUUUUGAACAUGGACGCGACAAAUCUAUGCAAGUGACGUUUGUACAAAUCCAAUAAUCAGUCAUGGCUGUAUAUACAGUACAGUGUGCGUGCAUUGAGCAGCACCGCUUUUGACAAACUAUGCAAAUCCCGACACAAUGCACACAUUCUUCUUAUGCAACAGCAUUUGUAUAUAGUCCAAAUGCAAGCCAAUAUGCAAGAUGUGGAGGCAAUAAUCCAGAGAUGCAGGUUUGACGGUGUAUGCACAUACUUUCAGAGGGUUAUUGACAUGUUUGUCUGCAAGUAGCCACAACAUUAGGCACACCUGCACAAACCCACGACAUGCAACUCAAGAUCAGCAUCAGAAUUCACCACGUUUCGAAUAUUUAGCCCCCUCUACUGUAUUUUAUUACGCCUAAUAUUGUGGCCCUUGAGCGUGCAACCACGUGACGGGCUUCUUGCAACUGCUUUGAUGCUCACUGCUUGGGUUUUUUUUUUAGCAAUAAAAGACAGUUAAGCAAAAGUGGAGGUGGAGAUGCAUCAUUUUGACGACAAGGAAAUGGAGUCAACAUAAGGCGUUUCUGAUCCAACCUGUUUUGUUUGUUCCACGCCACAAUCUUAUCAGAUGCAAUACUUGGAUGAAGAUACACAUUUUUAAAUGCCUUUGUGUUGGUUUUCUUACAUACCGUAUCUUUCGGAUUAUAAGUCGCUCCGGAGUAUACGUCGCACCGGCCGAAAAUGCAUAAUAAAGAAGGAAAAAAACAUACACUAGCGUUCAAAAGUUUGGGGUCACAUUGAAAUGUCCUUAUUUUUGAAGGAAAAGCACUGUACUUUACAAUGGAGAUAACUUUAAACUAGUCUUAACUUGAAAGAAAUACACUCUAUACAUUGCUAAUGUGGUAAAUGACUAUUCUAGCUGCAAAUGUCUGGUUUUUGGUGCAAUAUCUACAUAGGUGUAUAGAGGCCCAUUUCCAGCAACUAUCACUCCAGUGUUCUAAUGGUACAAUGUGUUUGUACCUCAGAAGGCUAAUUGAUGAUUAGAAAACCCUUGUGCAAUCAUGUUCACACAUCUGAAAACAGUUUAGCUCGUUACAGAAGCUACAAAACUGACCUUCCUUUGAGCAAAUUGAGUUUCUGGAGCAUCACAUUUGUGGGGUCAAUUAAACGCUCAAAAUGGCCAGAAAAAGAUAACUUUCAUCUGAAACUCGACAGUCUAUUCUUGUUCUUAGAAAUGAAGGCUAUUCCACAAAAUUGUUUGGGUGACCCCAAACUAGUGUAUAUAAGUCGCAUUUUUGGGGGAAAUGUAUUUGAUAAAAGCCAACACCAAGAAUAGACAUUUGAAAGGCAAUUUAAAAUAAAUAAAGAAUAGUGAACAACAGGCUGAAUAAGUGUACGUUAAAUGAGGCAUAAAUAACCAACUGAGAACGUGCCUGGUAUGUUAACGUAACAUAUUAUGGUAAGAGUCAUUCAAAUAACUAUAACAUAUAGAACAUGCUAUACGUUUACCAAACAAUCUGUCACUCCUAAUCGCUAAAUCCCAUGAAAUCUUAUACGUCUAGUCUCUUACGUGAAUGAGCUAAAUAAUAUUAGUUGAUAUUUCACGGUAAUGUGUUAAUAAUUUCACACAUAAGUCGCUCCUGAGUAUAAGUCGCACCCCCGGCCAAACUAUGAAAAAAACUGCGACUUAUAGUCCGAAAAAUACGGUAUUUGAUAUUUUACGGUAAUGUGUUAAUAAUUUCACACAUAAGUCGCUCCUGAGUAUAAGUCGCACCCCCAUCCAAACUAUGAAAAAAACUGCGACUUAUAGUCCGAAAAAUACUGUAUUUGAUAUUUUACGGUAAUUUGUUAAUAAUUUCACACAUAAGUCGCUCCUGAGUAUAAGUCGCACCCCCAUCCAAACUAUGAAAAAAACUGCGACUUAUAGUCCGAAAAAUACUGUAUUUGAUAUUUUACGGUAAUUUGUUAAUAAUUUCACACAUAAGUCGCUCCUGAGUAUAAGUCGCACCCCCGGCCAAACUAUGAAAAAAAAGUGCGACUUAUAGUCCGAAAAAUACGGUAUUUGAUAUUUUACGGUAAUUUGUUAAUAAUUUCACACAUAAGUCGCUCCUGAGUAUAAGUCGCACCCCCGGCCAAACUAUGAAAAAAACUGUGACUUAUAGUCCGAAAAAUACGGUAUUUGAUAUUUCACGGUAAUUUGUUAAUCAUUUCACACAUAAGUCGCUCCUAAAUAUAAGUCGCACCCCCGGCCAAACUAUGAAAAAAAACUGCGACUUAUAGUCCGAAAAAUACGGUAAUGUGAUGAUUAUUGGUGAAGUUUAUUUCUAUUGCACUGUAUUUAUUGUUAGUUGGGUGUGUCUGUGCUUGAUCAGGGAUGUCAAACUCAUUUUCACUGAGGGCCACAUGGCAGUUACGGCCACUUGUAACAAAUGAAUAUAAAUGUAUAAGGGUUCGCCUCGUGAUAUUAUUAUUAUACAAUUGCACAUGCAUUUGACCAUUAUAUCAUUUUUUUACCUUCUCUGUAGACGGGCAGCUCAGUCGCCAUCAUUUUACCGUAGAAUUUACAGUAGGGUUUUUUUUUACAGCAAAUGUCUAUAAAUGUAAAAAUGGUACCACUGUGUUUUAACGUUAAAAUUCUGGCGACUGAGAGGCCAUUUUUUCAUAUAUACACAGUUGUUGUUUUAUGGUGAAUUACUGUACAUGGAAAAACUGUUUUUUACGGCAAAAUUCUGGUGGCAGAGCAGACAGUUUUUAUUUUUUACCUAUUUUAAUUUUUUUGUGUACAAUUAAAUGGAUUACUCACUUUAAAAUUAUAAGUCAAUCAGAUUUUUUUGGGAUUUUUUUUUAAAGUGUAAUGUAUGAUAAUUUAUUAUUUCUUGCAUUAUUAAUACAUUUUAUUAUUACAGAUUAUAACUACUUUCAAACCUAAGUUUAUCCAAAUUUAACUAUACAGUAUUAACACUAUUAUUACAGAUUCAUUAAGUACUAUCCCUUUCUCAAUUUAUACACAUUUAAUUAAAUUAUUCAAUAAAAUGUAAUAUUUCUUACAUUAUUAGAUAAUAUUAAAGUUUAAUAUAUAGGCAAUUGCAUGCAGUACAAGUAUUUUUUUCAGUCAAAACAGAAAGAAGGUAAACAUUUAGUAAAAAUAAAGAAUGUACUCUACUUUCGCGGGCUACAUCAAAUGAUGUGGGGGGGGGGGCCAGAUCUGGCCCCCGGGCCUUGAGUUUGACACCUGUGUGCUUGAUGCAUCUUACACACAUGUAGUGUAUUUUUAUUGAACUGCAGGUGAAACUCAAAAAAUUCUAACUCAGUGCAAAGGUUUGUUUAUUCCAGCAAUUAGAUUGAGACUAAUUAGGACAUGAAGAUAUUUCAAUCAUUCAUUUCUUUAAUGAUUAUGGCUUACAGCAGACCCGGGCAAAUUAAGGCCCGGAUGCCACCUGGGGCCCGUUAAGCUUUUCAAUCUGGCCCUGCCGGACAUUCCCAAAUUAUUUAUUUAUAUCUUUAAGAUGGAAAGUGUAGCUGAUUACGAUGUGCAGUGAUGUUUUCUAAUGACUAAGUCUUGAACUAUACAAAGUAUUUCAAUGGUUGGAGUCUGCGCUUUUGCAUGAUAUACUAGUUACUAUGGUAAUCUAAUUAGUUACUAUGGUAAUCUAAUUAGUUACUAUGGUAAUCUAAGUCACAGCAGCUGAGACGAGGCACCAAGCAGUGUGGGUGGGGAGCAUUUCCACAGAGUGUCAGCCUGAAAUGCGGGUGUCAGGGACAGACGCGGAAGGAGAUUCCUUAGCUUAGUGAUAAAUCAGAUAUAUCAGAUUGUAGGUGGGGGGUUUUUUACCCUUCAUGUUCAUAUUUCACUGUUUGUUGCAUUUUUGACGCGCUUCACUUAAUUGUAAAAUAUGUGGAUGGAGAGGGGGUGUGAUGUUCAUAUGUUGUCAAUAUUCAGUGUUUUAUCCUUCAUAGUUAAUAUUGUAAGUCCCACAUUCUUUGUUUUCAUGUACAUUCUGGGUGUCUCAUUCAGUAAAGAAAAUUCCAAUUCCAUUCUGUUUUUUUAAGGCGGUCUGUCAUAACGUUUUUAGCAUUCAAUCUGACUAUUGUGAGGUUUUGUAUUAGUGUUCCUAAAAAUAGGACCUAAGCACACAUACUGUACAGCAGAUUUUC